GCGGUCGGCUGCAGGCUGCCGGACAGAGUGGCCCACAGAGCCGCCCAGGGAGGUCGUCCAGGCUUACUCUGUGCCAGCUCUGCCUCAAGCCGCCAGCAUAGGCCAAGGCCCAGGGCGUGCGCUGGCCGCCGUCAUGCCCGCCGCGUCUCCCACGGGGCCCUGGGCCCCCGCGGCCCCCAACGCCACGGCGGCGGCGGCGGCCAACGUCAGCGUGCCCGAGGUGCCCCUGUUCCACCUGUUCGCCCUGCUGGACGAGGAGCUGCACGCCGCCUUCCCGGGCCUGUGGCUGGCACUGAUCGCGGUGCACGGCGUCAUCUUCCUGGCGGGGCUGGUGCUCAACGGACUAGCGCUGUACGUCUUCUGCUGCCGCACGCAGGCCAAGACGCCCUCGGUCGUCUACACCGUCAACCUGGUGGUGACCGACCUGCUGGUGGGGCUGUCCCUGCCCACGCGCUUCGCCGUCUUCUACGGCGCGCGCGGCUGCCUGCGCUGCGCCCUCCCCCACGUCUUCGGCUACUUCCUCAACAUGCACUGCUCCAUCUUGUUCCUCACCUGCAUCUGCGUCGACCGCUACCUGGCCAUCGUGCAGCCCGACGGCUCCCGCCGCUGGCGCCAGCCUGCCUGCGCCAGGGCCACGUGCGCCUUCGUGUGGCUGGCGGCCGGCGCCGUGACCCUGUCCGUGCUGGGCGUGAGAGCCGGCGGCGGGCCUUGCUGCCGCGUCUUCGCGCUGACCGUCCUGGAGUUCCUGCUGCCCCUGCUGGUCAUCAGCGUGUUCACAGGCCGCAUCGUGUGCGCGCUGUCGCGGCCGGGCCUCCUGCGCCAGGGCCGCCAGCGCCGCGUGCGGGCCAUGCAGCUGCUUCUGACCGUGCUCGUCAUCUUCCUCGUCUGCUUCACGCCCUUCCACGCCCGCCAGGUGGCCGUGGCGCUGUGGCCCGAGGUGCCGAGCCACGCCAGCCUCGUGGCCUACCACGUGGCCGUGACCCUCAGCAGCCUCAACAGCUGCAUGGACCCCAUCGUCUACUGCUUUGUCACCAGCGGCUUCCAGGCCACCGUCCGAGGCCUCUUCCGCCGGCGCGGGGCGGAGCGCGAGCCCCACGGCAGCACCGUGGUCGGCAUGCAGAGGAGCUCACGAGCCUCGGGCCGCAAGCACAUCCCGGGCCCCGGCCCUGGCGCCUUCACCCAGGACCUGGCUAACGGGCCAGAGGCUUAGUGGGCAGGACUCUGCAAGGGGACCGAAGGCCAGGACUGGACUGGGCAGGCCGGGUCGAGGACGGCACAGAGGUCCGCUUGCCCUGGGGGUGGGGGCGGGGGUGGGGAGGUGGGGGUGGGAUCGGCUUCACCUGGAUCGAUUGGUGAUGGCUGUGCCCGGCACGCUGCUCAGUGCUGUGGUUGAUUAGCGAUGUCUGCCGCGGCCCCGGAGGGGCCGGCAAAGGGUGACCGUUUACCUACCGUCUGGGGUGUAUGCUGCGUCCAGCAAAGACUCAGAGGAGUAGCCAGGAGCUGCUUCUCUCCUGGUGCAUGUUCACCCUGUGAGGGAUUCCUCAGAAACAGGGACAGAGAUCUUUGUAGGUACUAGGAAUUGCAGAGAGGUUCCCUUUCCUCUCCCCACCCCCCCACCCCCCACCCCCACCCCCCUGCUUGGGCCUCUGACGGCCUCCUCUGAGCCAGACGCCAGGAUUGCCUCCACCUGCUUUCUGUUGAGUGGCCAAGCUCCCUGGGUCCUUUAUAGACUGCUAUAGGGGCAGGGGCCUGUUGGGCACCUUCAGGCACCAGGCCCCACCUCAGCCACAGCCACUGACAUAGGGUGAGACGGACCCUGGGCCCCAGAUCUGCCCUUCUUUACAGAGAGAAGUCCUACAUGUUCAGUGGCUCCAGGCAGAGUAGCUGGUCCCCCAAGUUCAGGGCCCUGGAGGGAGGCCCGCGUGGGAGGCAGGAAGGCCAUUUAUAUCCCCAUGUUACAGAUGAGGAAACUGAGGUUCAAAGAGGGAAAGAUCUGGCCAGGGUCACGGAGUGAGUUCCGGGCACUGCAAGGCCCACACUGUCUUUAGCAACCCUUCGUGGAGCCCCUUGUGGACGACUCCUCCUGCCCCAGGACAUGUCAGCCCACAGCCUUCCUGCCGGAGGCCCAGGAAGUCCCGGGCUCCCACCCAGGGCUGCUUCCUGGGCCCGGAUGCUUGAGCAGCAGUGGGCGUGGCAGUCAGCAUCAUAACCAGCGCCAUCCUUGGCCCCAACUGGGUGCCGGGCACAGUCCAGGAGCCUCUCUCCUGCUUCACUCAGAGCAGGAGCUGCAGGGACAGAGGAGGGACCUGGGAGCUGGCUGUCUGCCAGGAAGCACCUGGCAAGAGCGAUGCUGACCCGAGGGUGGGUUUUCAGGCCGAGAAGCUCUAACAGCAUCUGGUGCCUGGACCGUCACGCAGUGGAGGAGGGAGGGCCGGUGUUUGCCCCAGUGCAGCACCACCUGUGGGCUCUGUUCCUGCAGGGGCAGCAGCCCCCGGUUCCCAUUCUAAUUCAUGCUAAAGAGUGACUGACUGACACUAACUGACCGCUGUGCUUGGGGGUGGAGGAGUUGCAAACGUCCUGGAACAAGGCCUUCCUCUAGGAGGAGGGGUCUCUUGAGGUAGGUGAGCAAAUGUGAAUCUGGGAAAACUGGGACCAGGUCCCGCCCUGCCUCAUGGCUUUGUCUCAUUACUCCCCACCAUCUAUGGAUGGAAGUACCCAUGGACAGCACUGGGGUCCAAAUCCAGGAAGGUGUCUAAGCCCCCUCCCCUUGUCCCCGUGCCUGACAUCCCAACAUCCACCCUGGGUCUCUCAGGGACACCCAGGGUUUGGGGGAGCCCUCCGGCGCUCCAACUGGAGAGGGUGACCACAUGUCUUCUGCAGCUGGGGCCAGGAUGGGGAGCUGCCCUUGCACCUCUGAGAGCUCAGUCUGCUGGCUCCCCCAUGCAGAACUCUCUCUAGAUGGGCCUCAGUUUCCCCCAGUCUCCACCGCAGCUGGAGGAUAGGGGGCUGGGGAGUCAGCCCCCAGGACCUUGUCUGGGUCCCCACAGCUCUCUCAGAGGCUUGAUUCCCCCUCCUGACGUCUGGCUCCCUCCCACCCUGGCCUCUUUGUCAGGACUGAGGCCCAGGGGUCUCUGGAGGCAGACCCCGACUGUCCUUGUUCCCAUAGGGGCCCGGUGUGGGAUCUCUGCACCCCCUCCCCGUGGCCUGCCUUCCCAGAUUUUCAAGAAGCCCAAGUGACAUGAGAUGGCAUGUGUAUUUAUAUCUGAUGUAAACAAUCUCCUCAACGAGAAGUCCUCGUCUCCUGAAUUAAACCUGUUUAUUCCCUUC